CUAACAAAGGAGCACCAGCUGCGCCUGAAGCCCCGCCGAAACCAAUUUCAACAUUCCUGAGGAGGAUGAGCUUUAAGCGAAAACUUGGCGGGAAUUUUCUUUGUGAACGUGAAUCAGAUUUGCUCAUUGUUACAGCGGACCGCGAGCAGCCUGUCGAGGCGCACCUUAUGGUUCUAGCGCCUUGCAGCGAAGUGGUCGCAAGCCUGCCCCCCGCAGAGAAAAUGAACUGGGACCUGUCAAAGCUGAUACUGGAGGGCCAGAGCAGCCCGGUCUCCUCGGCGGUGGUUCUGCAGUGGCUGGACCUGGUCUACUCGCGCAUCGACCGCGAGCGGCGCCCACCCAAAUUCUCCAGCCUUUCGGAGGAGCUCCGGUCGCUGCUGUUGUUCAUGGACGCCGUGGGCACCUGCGGUCCUGUGCUAGAUGCUUUCGAAGCGUCCCUGACGGCGCUUCCCAGCCUGGCGCUGGCUGUGACGGUUGGCGGCGGCGGGGCUGAGGGCGCUGGCGGCAAUGCCGCUGGCGGAGCCCCUGGCGGUGCGGAUGGGGCCGGCGGCGGCGGUGGCGGUGGCGGUGAGGCGCCGCCGCCGGCGCACAUCGAGCUGAUGCUGUGUGACCACAUAUACUACCUCGUCGAUGGAGGAUUAGGCAGCAUGAGUAUCCCGUCAGGGGCGCGGUUUGAGAUGGUGAAGGCGCAGGAGUUUGCGCCGUACAAUGCUUACUUCCGCGACGCCGUGGCGGCCGCACUGGAGGGCUGGCUCUACCUGGCGGGAUGGCUGCAAUUGGUGGCGCUGGUGCGGCGGCUUGUGCAGUUCUAUAAGGGUCAGCUGAUUUCGACACUUAUCGGCGUCAUUGCUAAUCGCACCGCGGCAGUGUUCACCCGGCGCGUGCUGGAGUGCCUGCCGCGUGAGGUGCUGGUGGAGGGCUUCCUGACGGGCUGCAUGAACGAUCCUGCCGUUGGCCAGGUGACAAUUGCCGGCAGCAGCAAGCUCCAUGUGAACCUGACAUCGCCGGAAACGGCGGCCUGGUUUGUAAAGGAGCGCGGCGCUCAAAUUGAAGGUGAUUCGCCUAUUCAGGUGGAUGCGUUGCAGGUGGGUGACCGCAGGUUACCCAUGCGCGUGCGGCUUGGCGGCCUGUCGCUUUCAGCCCAGCAGGAAGAGAUCGGGCAGGUGCUGCGGCAGCUGGACGCCGAGUAGCCGCGCCGUAGAACUGUUGAGGCGGCUGUGUUGUCGGCAACUUGCUUGUCGUACGGGUUCGGCGCUGUCAGUGGCCGGCCAAGCCGCGCAGACCCAGAUGUCACGUUGGCUGUGGCUGUGAUGACUGUGGCUGUAGUCGGUUGUCGGCGGCUGUGUUACGGCAUGCCUUGUAUUGGCAGCGGCGUUGUGUUUUGGCAGCUUGCAUGUGCCGCUCGUUGUGUGCACGGCUGCAGUUAACGGCGGUCGGGCAGCAAGGUAACCCUUCUUUGACUGCCAUUAGGCUGAUUAGGAUGGAGGUAGGGCAUGUAAAGUGGUUGGCGUUGCAGGGCUUGCUGGUGUGCGUGGUGAUGCAGCGCGUGUUCUUUGCGAGGAACGUUACAAGGAACAAGGAACGGAACCGGAAAGGAAGCAGUGCAUACGGUAUGUCAUUCAAGCAUGGCUUGGCUGGAUUACUUGAGGCUCUCAAGCGCUUAACGAUGCAAACUGCUGGUUGGCGACACUGAGCUUUACCCGCAUUGCUUGGCGUUUAGAAUUGUGAUGUGGUGGGGUUGGGGGUGUGCUUAGCUUGUGGACUGUACGCUAUGACAUGCGACGUUAAAGCUUGAAAAUAAGCUGCGCACAGUGCGCAACUGAAGGCCUUAUGAUGGAGGUUGAGGAUUCAGGCGCCUGCCGAGGUACAUUAUUGCCCAUCUCCUUCCAAGGCCGAUGCGUCAGCAUGCCAUUGUGAAUGUGUGCAAAGAGUGCAAAGAAGUCUGGGAGGCCUACCUGCAGUGACGACUGACAAGGUAGACGCUUGCAGCCGCAGACUAGAGACGUGGCGUGGGCUCAGCCCGCUAACCCGCUUUU